AAGGCUGAAGUCAUCAAGGGAGUGAAUGGGUCCUGCACGCAAAGCAGAAACGCGCUGAAAGUGCGGAGAUUUACUUUGGUUCACACACGGUGAAGCAGCAGCAGGAGGAGGUGUCGGCAUUACAAGACCUGCAAAACUCUCUGCUGGGAGAUCCGUUUUAAUGAUUCCUCAUUCUGAUCGAGUUUUUCUCGUCUGUGUUUAUUUGUUUGCUUGUUUUACUUUGUUUGUUCGCGCCUGUGAGCGCUCCAGCUGAUGCUGAGCUGAACAAGCGCGCCUGACGCAGUAAACGUAGCCACACACUCUGGGACGCACGGCGCAUCUCUCUACCAGAUGAGAGGAGAGGGUUCCCUCAUUUGGAGUUCGGACGGAUGGAUUUAACUUUUCAGGCUUCUUCGGUGUUCCACUAAAGCCUUCUUAGCAUCUCUAUUCACCUUUUUUUUAAGACUCACAUACUAAUAUUUAAUUCUGUUUUUGCUUAUGUGCGCAACAAACGAAAUUGGAGUUUGUUUCUGUUAGUGCGUUUCUCUCUAUCUCUAUCUCUCUCUCUUUUUUUUUUUAAAGGAAAUGUUUCCCAUCUCGGAACGGAUAACGGACCUCUAACGAGGACUUGUUUUCUCGGCACAUAUGUGGACCCUAUCCAGGAUGUUACAGUCUAAACGGCCCAGGCAUCAUUGGGCCACGGUACGCUACAGCCACCACAUAACACCACACAGCUGGGCUGCGUCCUCCUGCGUUUAGGAGUUUUCAGAGCUUCAACCUCUUUAGGCGGAGGAAAAACAUUCACACAAAAGAUAAAGAAAAAGAACAAGAAGAAGAAGAAACGCCAACUUGUUUUGUUGAACAUUGACAUUGGCUUUAGGAGUCUCACCUCUGGGCUACUAUGCAAUUACAAUUGAUCUCCUUUGUUCUGAUCAUCUGGAACUGCAUGGAUUACUCUGGUUGUCAGCCGCACAGCAGCUCCAGGCACCGGCAGCACAAAGCGAUGGCCGGUGGCAGCUCGGGGUGCCAGCAGAGCGGCUGCCUGACCUGCUCGGACUACAAUGGCUGUCUGUCCUGCAAGCCUCGUCUCUUCAUGCAUUUGGAGAGGAUCGGGAUGAAGCAGAUCGGGGUGUGCAUGACUUCCUGUCCUCCUGGCUUUUACGGCACCCGGUCACCUGAGAGAAACACUUGUACUAAGUGCAGGUCGGAGUGUGACUCGUGCUUUAACAAGAACUUCUGCACGCGCUGCCGAGCGGGGUUCUACCUUCACCUGGGCAAGUGCCUGGACAGCUGCCCUGUAGGCAUGGUCCACAGCGACGCACAGAGGGAGUGUGUUCCCAGAUGCUCUGCGGAGUGUGAAUCGUGUGUGAACAGCGGCACGUGCACCCGGUGCCGGCCUGGCCUUUAUCAGCUGAAUGGAAGGUGCCACCAUAUCUGUCCAGAUGACUAUGAGCCCAAUGACAAACUAAUGGAGUGCACUCCACAAGUGCACUGCGAGGUGGGCGAGUGGAGUGAGUGGAGCCCCUGCUCUCGGUCGGGCAGAACCUGCGGCUUCAGACGGGGCCAGGAGACCCACACAAGGCAGGUCCUGCAGUAUCCAUCUCCGUUUGGCAAUCCCUGCCCAGAGAUCUCCGAGGUCAAAGAGUGUCUGGUCAAGAAAAAGAGAUGUCAAGGAGCACGGAGGAAGACCGACCGAAAAGAGAGGAGGAAUCGCAACAACCGCAAGGACAAGGAGAGCCAGGAGGGACGGAGGGAGAGGAAGCGGGAAAGGGAUGCGGGUGAACGGGAAGACUCUGAUAACAGGAACAAAACGGAGAACCGACACCGGAGAGGUCACGACUCACAGACAAUCUCUCCUGAAGAUGGCCUCGUGCAAUAAAGCUGGGGACAGACGAUGACCGACCCCCACCUCUGGUUGUCUCCCCUUCCUUCCUGCUCCAUGACAUCCCAACCCCUCCUUCCCCCUGCCCCACGCCUACUAUCUCUCCCCUUUUUGACCCCUCCUUACAGGGGUGUUGCUGCUACUUGUAUGGUUUCAACAGACCAUUUUUACAUCAGCGUUAUUCAUGGACUGUAAUAAGCCCUUUUGAUCUCAAAAACCGCUCAAAGUGUCUCACGUGAAAGCUUUACGUAGACGCUGCUGUGUGGAAACUGGGAACACUUUGUGACUGCAGAGGACCGUCAGACAAACUGACUGAGAUGGAGACAUAUGUGCUUGUUCAUACGGUUAUUUAAUGGAGCUUUGGUACAACGAUGUGUAUCUUUGGUUCCAAAUGUAGAUUGAUUUUACAGCAUCGCAGUGUUUUGCAAAAGUAUUUACAUCCAUUGAACGUGUUUUUUUUACUUUUUGCAUUUUGUUGCUUUACAACCAUAAACUUCGAUGUAUUUUAGAGAUUUGAUGUACUAGACCAACAUAAAGUGGUGCAAAUUGUGAAAUGAAAAGAAAAUCUAUAAUUUUAUCUUUUUUCUACAAAUAAAAAUUUGAAUAGUGUGACUUGCAUUCAACCCCCUUUAAUAUGUGUGACAUCGAUCACACAUAUUAAACAUCAGUCACAUAUUAGUGACUGAUGUGACACAUAAGUCUCCAAUUGUUGCUUUGUCAUAAGCAACAAUACAUUUCUUUGGACAACAAUAUCUUGUCCAAAGCAAUGUAUUGCUUUCAGAUGUCACUUGAUUUGUAAAUAAACUCAACAUUUUCAUAACUUAAUCUGAUUAUAACACAGGAAUAAGUUAUAAAUAAAGUUUGUUAGAGAACAUUAGUGAACAAAGAGCAUUAGGAAGACCAAGGGGCACAGCAAGAAGUAGUGUUAGGUUAUAAAACAAUAAAUCAAGCUUUAAAAAUCACAUGAUGCACUGUUUAGUUCACCAUCAUAAAAUUAGAAAAGUACAGCACCACUGUAAAUCUACCAAGAUAUGGGUGUCCAUGUUAACUGAUAGACCAGAAAAGGAGAACAAUAAUCUAAGACGCAGUCAAGAGGACCAAGGCAACUCUAAAAAUCUAUCCUUAAUGGAUGAGUGUCAAAAAGAAAACAAUUGCUGAAACAAAGAAAUGAGAACACAUCUGUGGUAAAAGGUGCUCUGGUUCGAUGUGAACAAAGUUAAACGUUUUUAGCAUAUUACCUUUUACUUCACAGCUAUUCACCACUUGUUGGGCUGUCCCUUAAAAUCCAAAUUGAAUAUCUGGACGUUUGUGCUUGUGACUUGGCAAAAUGAAAAAAAAUAAUAAAAAAAAGUUCAAAGUGCAUGAAUACUUCUGCAAGACACUGUGUGUAGAACAGUUUAUUAUUAUUGUUGUACUUGUUGUGUAGAUCUAUCUGGUGGAAAUUUUGUAAAGAACAAAAAUAUGAGUAUUAGCUCUUCCCAGCUUUAUACUGACACAUGUAGGGAAAGCUGAGUGCCGUGUCCAAAACUGAAAUAUGUACAUCUGGGAUGAAAGCAAAGUUUAUCCAAAGAAGUGCUAAAUCUUCCGGAGCACUAUUCUUUUUUUUUUCUCCCCUCCUUUUGUGUAAAUAGAUUCUGUGCUCCAAAGAAAGCUCAUCAACCAGAACAAAAAAAAACUGUAUGUAAAAUAAAGCUGUAAUGGUUUCUAUUUCUGUGUGCUGUUUGUCCAGCUCCAUAAACCCUGAUUAGUUCUUAGCUGAUUAGCAACAAUUCUAAUCACCUAAGAACUGCUGGGAUAGUCCAGAGUUAGCUUGUUGAGAAACAAACAUGCUUCUGCGUUAUCUAGUGGUGUCAUAAAGUGCUUGAUAGCCUACCACGUUUAAUAAUCAACUAGUGUAAAUUCCAAGAAAGAAAUUAUGAUUAGUCAUUGUACAUAUUAAAUGUUAAAUAUGUAAAUUGUUGAUUCAUAAAACUGUAGCUCCUAAAGCUGUCCAGCUUCUGAUUUGUGACCAUGGCUUCUGGUUGAGAAUUUGUUUCCACUAUGGUCAAUUAAGCAGGAGUGGAAUAAUGUAAACAUAUGUCAGAUCUUUUUUUUUUUUAGGUAUUGUUAGUAUUUGUCUUCAUGUGUUCAAUGCAGAUGUGAUUUAGAAUUAUUUAAGUGAAUUUCCAAAGAACUCUAGGUCAUAAACUUGCUGAUUUGGGAUCCCAGUUUUGGUUACCCUCAGCGCUAGAUUUAAAAGAAUAUGAGCCCUUGGCUAGAGCCAGUUGUUUUACCCCAUUUCUACCAGUCUAUGUAUGCAACAGAUUGAAAGGUACGCAUCGGUUUAGUGGUUUUCAUGCCUUUUAUAGCAGUAUACUUUCUCGUGAAUUCAUCUUUGUUUUUGUACUUUCUUAAAAUGUCUUCGUACCCUGGCAUGCUGCUGGGCAUAGCAGAGAUCCCAUAAAAGCAGGCUAUUAGAUGUUCUGACUUUGGGAUGUUUUCUCCUUUUCUUCUCUGUUAAUACUAUAAAAAAAAGACAACCAGAAUAAAACUUAAUUGUUAAUAGAAUUAUUUCUAGAACCCUUAAAAAUAGCAAAUGCAAAAUGUUAACAGUAACUACCCCAGGCCCGUGUGUGGCGACAAUGCGCAGUCACUGACACACUUUGGGUGUCAGAUUAGGUUUGUGACAUCAUUCUCAAAUAAUUUAAACUGUUUCAGAUUAUGUACAUAAAAAUCUCAGUGAUUUGGACUUUUUAACCCUGUGUUAUACUUCUUUAGCAACACAUUAGUUCUAUGAAUACAACAUGUAUUUUUUGAUCCCCAGGUUUCUGCCCUUGGAAAGCCCUUGCUAAAGUCCGGCCCUGCGCAAAGAAACCUGACCAGACAUCCUGAUCAGUGACCUUUUCACUCUUUUAAACCCUUAUUAUGCAAGAAAGGUAAAAGAAAGGAAGCAUUUUAAAGCUAGUCUGUUUAUUGGUGGAGUGAAUAUUUUGCUCUUCAGUAAUAACAACCGUUUUUUGCAUCAGUAGACAUAUGACAGCGUUCCCUCCUUGUUCACAGCAGAAAAGUCUAUGCAAAUACAUACUGCAUUUAAAUUUGCACAAAUAAAAACGAAUCACAGUACGGUAGAGAAUGGGCACGAAUUAUACACACAGAAGAAAGCUGUGGUUGGUAAAGAGGAAUAAAAGUCAAACAAAAAGAAAAGGACCCAACUGCCAACA